AUGCCAAACACCUCCCAGACAGAAGAUUUUCAUCACUACGAACCCGUAGUGAGAGCAUCUUCAGUAGCUGCUCCACUGGCAGAUCAGGCUCUACUGACAGUGGUGGCCCUGGACGAGGGUUGGCUGUGGAAGACCCCUCUCAUGUCCAAUGACAAGUCCCUGAAAAAUCGGUGGACUCGAAGAUGGUUCUACUUGAAAGGAUUUCUUUUGAGCUACUACAGGGUGAAGGAGAGCUUGACAUCGCCGGAGGUGGAUAUCCAGGGCAAAGAACCAAGGCGAAUCUUUGAUCUAUCCAGUAGGAGCACGGUCAUUCGGAAGCCUCAUUGGGACGACCUGGGUAAGAAAGUUCACGAUGCAAGGAAAUUUGCUCCAGACGGGGAUACUCUUGUCGGUGAUGAUCCAUCAAGCUUUCUUGGGUUUCUCAUCUUUGUUCAGAUACCAGAGGGAAAGCUAUGCCUGCGAGCAGAAACCACCGAGGUUGCUGCUUCAUGGCUCUCGCUGUUUUCUAGACGUCUGAUGCAAACCUCAUAUGUAGAGAAGGCCCAGGUUUUGCACAUGCAACCAGAUAAAACUGUGCUCAAACUGCUGGAAAAUCCUAAUGUUGAGCACUGGGAUUUUAAGGACUGUGCUGAUACGGAGUCUUUACUUAUUGGCCUUUCGGACUUGCUUCCAAGCUGUUCCUCUGUCAAGAGCCUUAGUUUAGCGAACUGCAAGUUCGGUGACAAAGAGAUGUCAAAGAUACAAGGACACUUAGCGACCAUGUCCAUGUCUCUGAAGGUCGCCCUUGAAAAACUUGACUUUAGCGGGCUGGAGAUUCUUGCAAGAAAUAUUUGGGAGACUGGCCGUCCUAUAACCGCCGCACUUCAGAAACUUUCAGUGGUCGACAAUGGGAUAACCGAUAAAGUAUUUCAUACAGCUUUGAGUGUAUAA